UGAUAAAAAUUUCAAGGAAAAAACACACACAACCUCCUUCCUCCCUUCCUUCAGGGAGGGAAGAGAGUUUGAGCGGAGAGAAAAAUCUAUCUGAGACAGAACAGGGACAGUGAGAAAAAUAUAUGAGUGGGAGAGGGAGAAGGAGGAGGAGGAGAAGGAGGGGGGGAGCAAAUUAAAAGUUGCCAAAUGGAGAUAUUGGGUUUCAAGAGGAGUGAGACAGGAGUAAAGGGUUUGCCUCUUUGAGUCGUCUUUAUGUUGUGCUAAUCGGGAUAAAUGUGUACGGCGCGACACGGUUUAGUCCUCUGGCAAUUUCGACGAAUUCCACCCGACGUUUUCAAAACAGGCGUCGUCAACAUCGCGGCUAGCUAGCCAGAACAGGCCGGUGUUUAGCGUUAAAAUGUUACGGAUCGUCCAGUCCGGAGAGCUACCCGACCAGAACACGGGCUGUUACCGAAUCCCCCGAUUGAAACGCGUCGAUUCGGUAUAUCAAGACAAAUGUGACGUUUUUCAUGCUGGCAGAUAAGCCACAUUGAGGACAAAUGAAAGCCUCCCCAACAGAGAAAGGAAGAUCACGUCAGCGACGACCAGCCACAGGCUGGACGACGGGCGUUUUGUGCUGCUUGAAUGCGAUUAUCAUUCUGUCGAUUCAGUCUAUUUUUGGAAAUAAAACUUGCAAGCUGUACAUUAGCUGGCUUACUAAACCACCGGCGGUACCAUCCGGCAGCAAUAGCAGGACUACAGCAGGGACUAGCUUGGUCUGCGUCGAAGCAUGCAUGCUAGUGCUGAUUUCGGAGGAUACGAAUUUAAGCUCCAAAUUAUACAAACUGUUCCAACGUUUCGUUAAAGUUGUCUUUAUUUCGACCACCCCAAUCAAAAUUGGCGAUACAUUUGCAAAUCCAGUGCUCUUGAGCUACUUAAAACGCUCAUUUUGAUAGGUACUUUUUAGCUGUCUUUUUUAAACUAACGUUAGCUAACAGUUGAAUUGUAGAUGAAUAUAAAGUGCUUCACUGUUAACGUUGGUAACAUGUUGGUAUUAACAUUAGAUUUGUGUUGGUUUAAUGCCCAUUGAAUUAAGAGAAAGGAGUGGAGUGUUUUAUUUAUUUUUACAUAUAAACAGUCCACAAUUGGAGCUUAUUUUGUGAAAUAAAAUGUCACUGUGUUAAUCGUUUGGUUUCCGUUUUUUGUUGGGAAAGGUCAACAUUGCUUCCUUUUUUGUAGCAGUGUGUCCCCUUUACAUGUGGUUUCAUAUCUUUAUCUAAACAAUGUAGUCUAUAUAGUGUGGAAAUUAAAUAAAUGACAAUAUUCUGUUAUAUACUUAGCGUGUAGUGUUUUUAUUUGGCAUUUUAAAGGCAUGGUUCAGCCAGUGUAGAGUCUAGUUUGAACAGUAGCCCUGUCCUUCUUUGUUCUCCGUAAACCAAAGAUGGAGGCUGAACGUGGCUCUGUUGUAAAGACAGCAUAUGGCAUGCCCAGAAAACAAAGGGUGUUAAAUGACUGAAUCCAUGCUUCCUGCUGGAAAUCUGUGUCAUGGAUGAUGAGGACGAUCGCCAUCUUCUGGAUAUUUUAGGAGAUGUGGAUGCAUUGAAUGACUAUCUCCAUGGCAGCAACAGCAAGUCUAUUGAGGAGGAUGAUGUAACAAAUGCAGCUUAUGGGUCGGAUGGAUCCUUCUUUUCUAGUGACACGGCUGGCUCCAACUCUGGCCUCAAGGAUGGUUCUUCUACGAUGGGGGAUUUCGGCGAGGAUUCAACAGGGGCAGGCCUCCAGCUCUCCAGCAGCCUUUCAUUUAUCGAGGAUGAAUUGGGGCCUGGGAACUCCCCUGGAGGGGUGGAUCUUGGGGGAGAGGACCAGCCCUUUGACAUCCUACAGAAGUCUCUCAUGGAGGCCGACAUCACGGAGCAGACGUUGGCCCAGGAGGCCUUACUGGACUCCCAGCCCGCUCCCACUCUGGUGCAGGCUCCUGUUCCCUUCCCUUCCCAGCUGGUCUCUGGGGGGGGUUAUAGCGGGGGAGUAGUAACCACGGCGACAGCUGCGUUCCCCACAGGCCAGUUUCUGCAAGGGGUGUCCCCGCUGCCCAAUGGCAACGCCCAGCACAUCCAGGUGUUGGGCUCGUUCGGGGCGGGUGGUGGUGUGAUGACUCUGAGCAGCUUGGAGAGAACUCCUCAGCUUGUGUUGAGGCCGGGGGCACCUGUAGCUGCAGCGGGGGCCGCGACAGGGGGGCAGGUGUUUGCCCCGACCCAAGGGCAGGUGGGCUUACCUUUCAAAAACAUUCCCCUUCAAAACAUCAUCAUCCAGAGAGGCCCGGGAGGGACCCAGACUCUUGUCAGACCCAUCCAGCCUAAACCCCUUCAAACUGGGGCUCAGACUAUGUACAGCCUUGGUCUUCAGCACACUCCCACCGCCAUGGCUAAUGUGGUCAACGCUAACACUGCUUCUCCUGGGGGGCAGUACACAGCCAAUGGCUCCAGAGUAUUGCAGCCAUCCCUGGAGCAGCAUCAAGCCCAGACAAAUAUACCACCUGGACAGUUUUUACUGCCCAGCUCCAUGGCACUCACUCCGGCCAGUACCCUCCACAAUGGCCCCGCUGACCCCAACUCAAACACCCUGAUUACCAGUCAGAACGCGGUGCAGAUUGUUCAGGGACAGAACUUCUCUGCACCACAAGGAGGCCAGCUAAUUUUGAAUCAGGGAGUAGUCAGCAGGAGUCAGGUUGGAGGGGGUGUAACUCAAACAUGGACCGGAGUUUCUUGUGCGAAUCCUGUGCAGACAUCGUGCGGUGCCGGGCGGCUGACUCUGGUUGGCCCAGCGUCAGCGGGGAUCGGCUGUCAAGGCCAAGUGCCGGCUGGCCACGUUCAGCGCCUUCUAGUCACUCAAACUCAGAAUUUCACUUCUCUGUCCCCUUUAGCCGGUACUGUGACACAGGAAGACUACAGACAGAACUCUUCAUCACCUGCCCUCAAUCAGGUGCAGCUCAGCAGCAUCCAUGCCAUGACAACAAUGAGUCAAGAUUCAAAGCUGAACUCUCAGGUCAGUGCUCAGAAGAGACCUGCUCUUCCGCCACUCACAAGAGGAGAAAUGAUUUUGCAACAGUUGAGGAAGGAUCAUGCUGGAGUUCAGACCCUAGAUCUGCGUCAAUUCAAUUCAAUCGAUGAUGCACUGCAAAGACUCCUCCCGUACCACGUGUUCCAGGGGGCUCCACCCAGCCAGGACGAGUUCUCACAGGUGGAUGAUGAAUUUGAGGUAGUUGCAACUCAAGUGCUGAAGAGGACUCAUGUCAUGGUAAACAAAUACAGACGGCUACUAAUGGUGGAAGCUGAGCGAUCCAGUCCGUCAUCAGAAAUGGUGAUGAUUGACAGGACCUUCAACCAAGAGGAGCGCAGCAACCUGACACAAGACAAACGCAUGGUACUAGUGGAUCCAGACACGUUCUUGGAAGACUUCUGUUGUGGGAGGAAAUCCAAACUUUUCCAAGAUCCCUUCCGCACUCAGUCGUCGUCCAGCUCAAGCUGGAAUCCGUCAGACAGAGGCUCUACGGAGCCACCGCACAGGACAGACUCCCAGCCCGGGUAUGGAGACCCGGGAGGGGGUGGCGCUGUAGGACCAGGUGCAGCAGAUAGACUCCACCCUCCGCUCUUAGAAAACAAGAGUGUCCUGGAACUGAAGAGAUCCCAGCAACACUACGGGUCGAGCGGCGAGAGUAACAACAGCCUCACCGCUGUCAACAGUUAUCCCCAAGGUAACCCCUCACCUCUCACAGCAACGUCAAGAGGACAGACACACAACCAGGUGUCUCACCACCUGUCCUCACACCCGAUCCAGCCCCAGUACCCCCCUCAGCGCACCUCACCCCCUCAUGCCGACACAGACUCUGCUCUCGAGGCAGCAGUCAACAGCAUCUUGGAAUGUUAAGACUGAUAUCAUCCCUAAUGUAUGGUUUAUUUUAUCGUGUGUAUACGGUUUUUUUUUUUGUCAAUCUCCCCUUUUGUAACCUUUGUUGUAUUCCCCCACAACCCUGUGUGAAGAGAGGUUAACUCUUCAUCUUUAUGAUACCAUCUCCGGCCAUGUAGCAUGUAUUUUAGUUUGUCUUGAUUCAUUUCUUUCGGGGGUUUUGAGGCACUUAAAAUGACCUAAAAACAUCCGGGAAUGUGUGCAAUGCAAUGUACGCACAGAUGGAAAAUGUUCUUGUUUUUGUUUACUUUAAGGUUAUUUUAAAGAGGUAGAGUCUGCAGAUUCAGUAACGUGAAUAUAAGAGUCCCUCUUAUCACACACAUCAUUGAUAUUUUGUGCCAGUUGAUUACCCCCACUACCUAUGCUGAAUAGGAGGGACACAAUAACGACUCUGUGCCUAAUGUUAGGUUUUUAUUUUGAAGUGUUUACAUGAAGGAGCUCUAUUCAAAAAUAUCCACUGACUCAGUUCCUUCCUGCAUUACAAACAUGCACACAUGCUUUCAGUACAACGUGCUAAGUAGAUUCAUGGUUCAGAGGCGUCGGAUUCCUUAAAGGUCAGCUCAGUAGAGACACAUUCACAUAGACAAAUUGCACUAAACGUUCAGGAACUUUAUGGAUAUGUGGCUCGUUGAUAUCCUGCGUACGCUAGGCUGAACGGAAUGUGAAUAUUUGGAACCAAACCAAAAUCUAUUCCUGCUUUCAGCUGCCUGCAAUAAGGAUAACCUCUUAAUCACACUAGCAACCAGUCAAACUAGUCACAUAGACAUAUAUAGUACUUACUAUAUAGAGUUACUGUACUCUGCAAUGCUUUAUUUCUUGUGCUCAAGUCACAUUUUCUUUGGCAUUUUUUUCUUUUGUACCUUAAAGGUAUGCAAGCCCCGACACAGACACAGGACAAAUACUCAAUCUCAACCACUUUUAUCAUUUCACAGUGUGUUUGUGUCAAGGGGAGCUUAGUCCUCAGAUUGAGGAAGAUAUGUUACAGUAUGUUUAUCUUUUUUUAUUUAGAUUUUUAUUUCCUUUUUUUUUUUUAUGACAUUAAAAAAAGAUGACUGUUUUUGUUUGUUGUGACAUGUUCCCCAACUUUGUGAAGACGACAAUAUCGUCAUUAGUUUAAAUGAUCCUGGAGGGUCAUUGAUUGUACGUAUGUCGGUCUGCCUUCUGCAUAUAAUAUGAUCAUAUCCAGCUAUCUAUGCUUUACUACCGUGUCAUGUCAGUGUGUUUGUGUUAAUCUGCACACAUACACACUGGGAUACAACUAUGUUUUCAUGUAGUUUGGUUGUUUGGUUGCCAUACUCUUGACUUUAUUCCCAAAUGUUCACGCGCAGUCUCCCAGGAUGUUUUCAUUACUUUUCAGUGUUUGGUUUCAAGCAUUUCACACAUUUCCUCUUUCUUCCCUCAGCAGCGCAACCAAAACUCAAAAUAGGAGAGAGUGUGGCAUUGUCCAGAAUCACCGUCAGAUCUUUACGUCUUUGUGCUGAACAGCUCUGUAGUGUUCCUCUGAAGCUGCGCCCCUAAAGCUCCCACUGUGUUCCAGUUUUGUCUGAGUAUUGUUGAGUUUUUCAUUUAGUUUUUACAGUCAAAACUUACUGUGAUAUUUCAUCAUGAUAAAGAAUCAUUCAGAAAUAAUGGUCAUGUUUUUGGAAGGGCAUUUAUUUUAAAAAUCUACAGAAAUUGCACUAAUGGUAGAAGCAAGAAAAGGGCAGUUUAUGUUAAACCCAACACAGCACCACAGCUUAGGUUAAAUGUGUUAAAAGCUGAUUCUGGAUAGUGUCACCUUUCUCCUAUAAGUCUGUGAAAUAUCUUCAGACUGAAGGCCUUUUAUACGGGGUGAUAGAGAACACGCGUCUUCUUUUUGUGUUUGAGUGCCACAGCCCGCCUGUAUCUCUGCCUCAAUCCUUAUAGAAAUCUUAUAUCUACCAGUACACCCGUAGAAAACUACAGCUUUGGAAGCAAAUCCCUAAUGUCAUGUAAGGGUCAUGUGACAUUUGCUCCUUCAAGUUUCUGCUGCAAGACUUUGUGCCUCUAUAGCACUCAUAUUCACAAGAAAGUUAGUUUUGGACUUACACAAAGUCCAAACUAAGUGUUCAGUGCUGCUUCACGUUAUCUGGAUGCAUAUCAGUGUCUGAGGGCCUGGUAGGAACAUACUGUGCUUUUUACCCCCGUUUUCAGUUCAAAAAUGUUUUUCUUCCUCCAUUUUCACUGCUGUUUUGUCUCACUUGAUUUGUAUAGUUUGUUGUUUUGUACAAAAAUGAAAAGUGAAACACAAAAUAUUUAUAAUUUUUGUAUGGAGAAAAAAAGAAUGUAAAAAAAAAGAAAAAAAGACGAGAAAAUGGAAAUUAAAUUUUUUAUUGUGUUGGCUAAGAAGUGGAGUCAAGAAAAAUC